AUAUGCUAAUUAGGGACGGGUCUACUCUGACAGUGACCUUGAGAAAGACAAUAAAACGAGCACAAACCUCUAAUAAUAGUAAUCAUGUUGUGUGCACCCUGAGUGCGUCGGGUACGUCUGCGUGUGGAGUUGCCAGUGCCAUCAUGUCCUGCUUUGARGCGAAUAAGUUCGGAGGGGCUGGUCCUUUUCUACGAAAAACUGAUCUGGAGUUGCUGGCUGCGCAAAUCAUCUCGUUUGAUGGUAAAACGCGAGCAUGGGUUCCAGACGAAAAGGAGGCUUACAUUGAGGAUGAGAACAAGCAGCUCGACGGAGACAAUGUUAUCGUUGAGAUCAAAGAUAGAAGAAAGCUCUACAGUCUUACAGUGAAAGAGGAGGACAUCCAGCAAAUUAAUCCUCCUAAGUUUGACAUGAUAAAGGACAUGGCCAUGCUGACACACCUAAACAAGGCUUCUGUGCUCUGUCAAUUAUCUACAGUACACACCGGCUCAUUCAAGGGAUUUUCUUAAUUUUUUUACUAUUUUCUACAUUGUAGAAUAAUAGUAAAGACAU